AUGGCCGACGGCGGUGGAUGUGAUGCGGGCGGCACGCAAGACAUGGGAUCAUUUACCGCUGUGGGGAAUUCUUUCGCCCACGCGCAAGCCUCACGAAGGCACAAUAGCGGUUUGGAAGGACUCACCACUUCCCAUAGCAUGGGUGCUGGUGCACCAAACCUACUCCCAGUGAGGUUUCACGACGACUCUAUCAUUUCAAUUCCGGUCCUCCGACCUGAAGACAUCAAUAGGUUGACAGAUUUCAACAACAAUGCGCCUCCGUCCGACAACAAGUCAAGAAAACUGUCAUUCUUUCACCGCAAGUCCAUAGGCGGAGGUUCUGGUGGUAAGAACGACAAGCAGAAAUUCGCAAUGCGCAGUGUCACACGCCUUGAGUAUCUCACACACUACGCUAAGGACAAUAAUGGAAAGUAUGUGGGUACCGAGGAGCCUGCGGACGACUGUAUUCUUCGAGGUGAAGAUCUAGAGCGGUACCGGCAUCAAAAAUCAGAGUUCGGCACGGCUGUUAACAACUUCAAGAAUGAAGUCUCCACCGUUGUUGCCGGAGCCGAAAGCGAGCUGCGAGACGGCAGGGGAUUUAUCAAGGGAUUCAGAGGGGGCAAGGGACGAGGAGACGAUACUGUCGUUCGCUGA